AUGAAGAAGUAUGUGACCAAGGAGAAAGAGAAAAGCCUCACGGUCGAUGCAGGCUGGUACACCGAGUCGGAGAUGAAGGACAAAUUGGGGUAUGAUGCGAAGACAAUCAAGAAGAUCGUGGACUACACUUCCAAGAAUCCGAGCGUGCUGCAGCGGAAAUGGAAGUACGAUGAGACGAUUAUCCAACACUGGGUGGAAACCAGUUGGUCGGGUCAGCUUGUGCACAAAGACAAUGAGAAGUCCGUCCAUGAAGAAGAACAGGAAGCCAAGGACACCCCGAACCCCAACCUGAGCUUCGACAACGGUGGCAACCAAACAAAUCCGGGUAGCGCCGCCACUGGUGCCAAUGAAGGAGAUGAUCCAAGAGCGGCCCUGGAAAGGGCAUGGUCGGAGAUGUUGAGCAAGACCAACAAGCUUCGUGACAAUGUCAACGUAUUGCAGAACUGUGACAUGAGUGAUGUUCAGAAAAGGCAUGCUGAUUCUAUGCUGAAGCACGCGGAUGCUAUGGAGCAGCACUACGAUAAGAUGUCAAUGCUCAAGGCCACCGCCAACAUCCGUCUUUCGGAGAAGCUGAAGGACGAGAUCAUGAUUGCCCUCGAUACGGCUUCUGUUUUGACUCUGGCUUCAAUUAAUGGGUCAAUUUGGGAGGAUGGGCCAGGAAGCUGCGAGGCAGAUCGUCAGAGGCCUCUGGGACCCCUGAACUCCGGCGACCUCCUGAAGUUUGCUAGCAGCAACAUGGCUGAUCGUGGCCUACAGGCUGUACCUGCUGUGCAUUGGAAGUAUCACAAGUACUUUGAUGCCGAAAUCCGUGCCCUACCCCGGCUAUGUGAACUGUGGCAUCAACUCUUAGCGAACAAGCAGAUCUUCAAGAUUGCACUUCCUGAUACAUCCUUGCCCAAGUCGCCGGGCGCAGUCUUUCGGGCUGCAGAGCAGAUGAUGGAUGUCGUUCUCACUGGUACUUCCGUGGCGGCUUACAAAAUCGGUUUCACCCAUGCCACUGGCAAGACCGUCUCUGCCUUCGCUCGUGCAAGCUGCUCUAGAGAGCGUGGCCAAGAUGCAGUACUGGAUAGUCUGGCGAAGACAUCAGAGAACAGAUUGGAGGACAAGAGCCACGAAGUGUUCAAGCACUAUGGGCUGGCCCUCGACAUCCCCAUAUCCUACGUGGACGUUGGUGAUGCGAAGAAGAAUAUGCCGUGGAUCAAGCCGACUGAUUUAUUCCAACAUCUAGCUGAUUUGGGCAAACUUGACUUGCUGUAUGCAGAGCAGGAUACGAGCGUCUUGACACAGCUCCCUCGGCCUAUUUCUGGAGUGCAAUGGUUCUGGGCAAGGUUUGCCGUUCUGGAACCUGGGAAUACAAUCAAUGAUUGCUUCGACUCCGGACUCUGCGUGCCAGAGCGAACAAUCCCACUGCUACUUCACGGCGACGAGGCUCGGAGCAAGAAACACCUACCGAUGAUGGUCGCCAACACACAUGCAAUGAUCGGCUAUGGAUGCAAGGCUUACAAGAACUGGUUCGCCGAGGCUCCUCUCUCGAAAAAGCAAGCUGGUGGUGUGAAUCUUGAAGGCGCCGUUCAGAAGACUCGCUUUUUGCACUUCGUCAUGCAGAAAAAAGACUACGGCGAGGACGCCCAGCACCUGGACAAAAUGUUCGACGCCUUGGCUAUCGACUUGGCGAAGCUGCAGACGGAGGGCAUCAAGGUGAACGGCGAGAGGUGGCACCUUGUCGUGAUAGCGGCUGUCGGAGAUUGGCAAUUCUUUGCCAAAGUGGGACACCUCAAUCGAUGCUACACUCACGUGUCCAAGCGAUCUGGCCAGAAAACACUUAAUGGGAUUUGCCACCUGUGCCUGGCAGGCGAGCAUAGCUGCCCCACCUGGGAAGACUUCGUCGAUUCACCGACUUGGAGACCGACUUGUGGCACACUGGAGCCGUGGGAACAGACGCCGUCGCUGAUUCGCCGACUUCAUGUCAACGUUGCGAACAGGGCGUCCUUCUUCCAACCUGAUUUCUGGCACUGCUUGCACCUGGGCGCAGGCAAGAAUCUGGUUGCCAGUGCUGUUGCUGAAUGGCUCCGUGUGGUGCCCGGUGCCAACAUGGGCGAGCGCUUCUGCUUCAUAGAUGAUGCUGCACAGGCAUGGCUCCGCAGUCGCAACGAUAAGUUGUAUUGCAAAUGCAUUUCUGCUGUGACAAUGGGCAUCGACAGUUUGCAGAAAGUGCCAACCGCUGGAUGGCAGAAGGCUAGCGACACCACGCUGCUCUUGGAGUUCCUUGAACACUUUUGCAGUGUGAACGCAGGCCUUGCAAAUGCUGAUCCGAUCCUGCGCUGGACGUGGGUGGCUGCCUCGAACAUCAACCUCGCCGUGCGUAUGUUGUAUCGGGGCGGUCUCUGGCUGGAUCAGAGUACGGCACACACGGUGGCCCGCUGCGGACUUAAUUUCUUGAAAUCUUACGGGCACCUUGUGGCGAUGACGUUGGCGGCGGACAGGGACAGGUUCCCUGUAACACCCAAAUUGCAUAUUUUGCAUCACUUGUUUUUGCACUUGCAAGAAAAUGCUUCAAGAUGCUCCUGGACGCUAUCCUUUCUUGGCUAUUCAGUGCAGCAAGAUGAAACUUUUGUUGGCAUACAGGGCAGAGCGAGCAGAAGAGUUGGACCCCAGCAUGCCGCUCUCCGUGUUCUGCAACGCUAUCUGGUGGACGCAGCAGAGCACUUGACGCCGGAGUUCCGCUUGGCCGCCAAAAAAUUCGAAGGGGCCGAGGGCCCAGAGCAAACCCGAAGCUUGAAACGCCCUCUUCCAUCAAGGCCCAUGCAGAACCCACCACUGGUAGGUUCCUUUCGGGGUUCUUAG